CGGCCAGCGAGCAGCAUGGAGGCGCCCUGGGGUGUCAUUAAUGUCGAGCCCGGCUGGUACCUCUCUUCCCAGCAGCCGGAGGAGGAGGCGGCGGAGGCGGAAGAGUCCAGCCCGUUGCUAGGCAACGAACUUCACAGACAGGGAUCCCCUGGUGUUUCAUACGGUUUCUCAGUGUUUAAUGUGAUGAAUGCCAUCAUGGGAAGUGGUGUCCUUGGCUUAGCUUAUGUUAUGGCUCAUACUGGUAUCCUUGGAUUUAGUUUUUUGCUGCUGAUAGUUGCUCUCCUGGCUUCUUUCUCAGUUCAUCUCCUGCUUAGUAUGUGUAUUCAGACAGCUGUGACAUCUUAUGAAGAUCUUGGACUCUUUGCAUUUGGAUUAUCUGGAAAGGUGCUGGUGGCAGGCACCAUAGUAAUUCAGAAUAUUGGAGCUAUGUCAUCUUAUCUUUUAAUUAUUAAAACAGAGCUUCCUACUGCUAUUUCAGAGUUUUUGCCUGGCGACUAUAGUGGGUCUUGGUAUCUUGACGGACAAACACUACUAAUCAUCACUUGUGUUGUCAUUGUGUUCCCUCUGGCACUUCUUCCUAAAAUGGGCUUUCUUGGCUACACAAGUAGUUUAUCAUUUUUCUUUAUGGUGUUCUUUGCUCUUGUGAUAAUAAUUAAAAAGUGGUCCAUCCCUUGUCCUCUGACAUUAAAUUGUACAGAGCAGUAUUUCCAGAUUUCAAAUGCUACAGAUGAUUGUAAACCAAAGCUCUUUCAUUUCUCCAAAGAGAGUGCUUAUGCCAUACCCACCAUGGCCUUCUCAUUUCUCUGCCAUACCUCAGUAUUGCCCAUAUACUGUGAACUUCAAAGCCCUUCAAAGAAAAGAAUGCAGAAUGUAACCAAUACAGCAAUUGCUUUAAGUUUUCUCAUUUAUUUUAUAUUGGCACUUUUUGGGUACCUCACUUUUUAUGACAAAGUGGCGUCUGAUAUACUCCAAGAUUAUAGUAAAUACUUGCCACAUGAUGUUGUUGUCAGGACUGUGAAGUUAUGCAUACUGUUUGCUGUGCUUUUGACAGUCCCUCUAAUCCACUUCCCUGCAAGAAAAGCUUUAAUGAUGGUGUUUUUCUCCAAUUUCCCCUUCUUAUGGAUUCCCCAUUUUUUGAUCACUCUGGCACUCAAUAUUAUCAUUGUUUUACUUGCAAUAUAUGUUCCUGACAUUAAGAAUGUAUUUGGUGUUGUUGGUUCCAGUACAUCCACAUGUUUGAUAUUUGUGUUUCCAGGACUGUUUUAUCUGAAACUUAGCAGAGAGGAUUUACUCUCAUGGAAAAAGCUUGGGAGACAGAGGAAAGGAGAAGGAGAGAGAGAAAGAAACAUCAAUGUGAGAGCAAAACACUGAUGCUGAGGGAUCGAGCCCACAACCCGGGUGUGUGCGCUGACGGAGAAUCGAACCACAGGAAAACACCCAACCAACUGAGCCACACCGGCCAGGGCUGUUCCCAGCUUUUUGCCAUCCUUCACUAUCCUACCAUUUAUCUCAUUCACAGAUAAAAAUGUUCAAUGAGACAAGAGUGACUACAGAGCCUGGAACCCCACCACUAGAAAUGUUUCCUCUAAGUUGCUGUUAGUCUCUUUGGGUGAGGUUGUUAUGUCCCCAUGGAGUCCUCUAAUCUUGAUUUCUUAGCCCCCUGGAAGGGUCUCCCAAGUCAGUAGGCACAACCUAAAGUCUCCCCUAUUUUCCAUAUUUCCCAUUGCUCCGGGACAUUUCCGCUUGGGUGCCUCACAGUUACCUCAAACCCAACGUGUUCAGGAUUAUUCUCUGCAGUUUUCCUAUGUCUGUCAGCGGCCCCACUGUUUUGAUCUAACCUCCCAACUGGUUUUCUUGCUUCCAUUUCUGCCACCUGCAACCCAUUUUCAGACUGCAGCCAAACUAGUUGUUUAAAAUGUAAAUCAGAUCAUGUCACUAACCUGCUUCACCUAGAGUGAAACCUGUACCACGGCCUACAAGGCUCUAUUUCGUCUGUACCUGCAUCUUCCUCUGACCUCGUCUCAUAUGUCUUUCACUCUUCUGCAGCCGCACAGGCCUUUCUGUCCCUUUAACACACCAAACGUGUUCCCUGGUGUGCACCUUUCCCCCCAGUUAGAACAUUCUCUGCAAAGACCUUUCUUUGCAAGGCCUGGCUCCUCGUUCAAGCAUCAGCCCAGGUAUUACCCACUCAGAGAGGUCUUCCCUGACCUUCUUACAUAAACAAGCCACCCCCAACAUGCAGUCAUGCUUCGUAACUACCGUGCUGUGCAGGUCACUACCAGCAAGCUUGUUUGUUUGUUGUGAGUCCACCGGACUGCAAGUUUCAUAAGAACUUGGACUUGUCUGUCUGGUUCAUCACCAAAUCCUUAGAGCUUAAACUGGUACCUGGUACCUGGUACCUGGGAGAGGCUAAUAAAUAUUUGUUGAAUGAAUGCAUAAUGGAAUCUACACACUAUAUCUUUUUACUCUUUACUCCAAUCUGUCACCAUAUCAGUUCUUCCUUUGAAACAUCUACAUUUGCUUUUGUCCUAUCUCCCACUUCCUAAUAGGUUACAAAUUAAAGUUCAGAGAGGUUAUGACGUUAAGUGACUUGUGCAGGGUCACACAUCCAUAAUUUAAGCUCAAGUUUGACUAUAAAACGUGUGCUUAACUAUUACACUAACACUCGUUAAGUAUAUCCAACUGUUGGAGUUUUUCCCACAGAAAGGUUCUGCUCAUAGUAGAUACAUAGUCAGUAUUAACUGUGCUGAAAGCUGCUUUUUCAUUUAAAAUGUUGCACUUGCCUAAGUUUGUUCCAUCACACCAGCCAGACAGCAUUGGCCCGCUUUGUGUCUCCGUCCUGAGUCAUGGUCUAUUUUCACAGUGUUUGUUGUUUCUUCUUUAUUAAGUAUUUCAGAGGAAAUUCUAGGCAAAGGAGAGGUAUGUGGGCUUUUACAUAGACCAAGUAUGUGUUCCAAUAUUUGUCAAUCAGACUUUGAAAAAUCUUGGAUCCCUUAAAAAAGGGAUGAAUAAACCCAUUUUGUUGUGUUCUA